AUGUAUUAUGCUUUUUCAAUUCCCUUGCUAAUAAAAAUUAAGCCUUAUGAAUCUAUUUAAUCAUUUUUAUCCAUAUUCAAAUCUAAUAAUCUUAAAAAUUAGCAUUUUAAUAUUGCAUCAGAUAGAUAUUUUAAAGAUUUAUUUGUAAGUAAAUUAUUUCUUUCAAGGUUUAUAACUAGAUUUUAAAUACUUCUAGUUUGUCCUAUUCCACAGCACAAAGAAAGGAAUCCUUAAUCAUUUAGUUCAUAUUAUUCACUUAGAUUUAAAUGCAAAUCAAAUAGAUUUAGGUUUUACGAAAGAGAUGUUUUAAGAAAAGAGUAACAAUUCAUCGACAAAUCGAGUUAUUUGCUAAAAUCUAGGUUUAGUUUGAUUAAUUAUUUUUAUUGCUGUAGAAAUUUAGAAAGUUAUAAUAUUCCAUUUUAUGUAAAUUUUGAAUUAGAAAAUGCUAAUUUAAUUUAUUCUAGAUAAAUGGUUAGGUCUAAUGAAAUCGCUAUCUACUAAAGAAACAGAUCAGAAAUGUUACUGCUGCUAUUAAAAUUAAACAUCAAAUAUUUCAGACUAUCUUACUUAUCAAUUCUCUUAAGUAGACUUAUUAAUCCCUAAUCUGUUAUUUUCUUUGCUUCUUAAAAAUCUAUAAUGAGCUCUUCUAAUGAGUUAUUUUCAAACUUUGAGUUUUCAAAAAUGGCUUAAAUUCCUUAAUCUGUGAAUUCUUUAUUAUUGGUGAAAAUAAGUUCUAUUUUUUAAGGAAGUUCCAUCUAGCUAAUGAUUUUUCCUAUGUAAAUAAGAGUUUAAUCAUCAAAGACAUGA